GCACCCUCGAGAAAAAGUGACGUGCACUUUGGAUGGACAAAACAAAAUCGAAGUGGUGCACUUCGGCUCGUUUCAAAGGCCUACUGGCGAGCUCCCUGUCUGUGUUUGACGUUUUCCUCACUGAACUCUCUAAUGGACCGUUCUCGUGCUCUGAGAUACCAACCUCUUAAGCUUCCAUUGUUUCCUCCUCAAUUCCAAAACCCAAUCAACCAUCUUCAUCCAAAGCCCACAAUUUUAGUCCCCAGAGGAACUCGCCUAAUGGUUACAGCCAAGAAAAGGCCACCCAUUGAAGGUGUAAGUGAGGAGCUGAACUCGAUCGCUAACCAGAACCUCGACUUUGCUUAUACUCGCAGGCAGGUUCGAUCCGCUUUCGUUGAGGUCCAGCAACAGCUUGAUCAUUGCUUGUUUAAGUUGGCUCCUACUGGGAUCAGAACAGAGGAGUGGUACGAAAGAAAUUCGAGGGGAUUGCAAAUUUUCUGUAAAAGCUGGAUGCCAAAACAAGGUGUUCCGAUUAAUGGUGUUUUGUUUUUUUGUCAUGGGUAUGGUGAUACUUGCGUUUUCUUCUUUGAAGGUAUAGCCAGGCGAAUUGCUGCAUCUGGGUACGCUGUAUAUGCCAUGGACUACCCAGGUUUUGGUCUUUCUGAAGGAUUGCAUGGUUACAUUCCAAGUUUUGAUCAAUUAGCUGAUGAUGUGAUUGAACAGUACACAAAGAUUAAAGGAAGACCUGAGUUGAAAGGGUUGCCCCACUUUAUAUUGGGGCAGUCCAUGGGUGGAGCCGUUACUCUCAAAGUUCACUUAAAGGAACCAUAUGCAUGGGAUGGAGUUGUUCUCGUGGCCCCAAUGUGUAAAAUUGCAGAGGAUGUAACACCUCCAGCAGCCGCUCAGAAGAUAUUAAUUCUUAUGUCAAAAGUUAUGCCGAAAGCAAAGCUUAUCCCACAGAAAGAUUUAGCUGAGCUGGCUUUCAGAGAUCCGAUAAAAAGGAAAAUGGCUGUUUACAAUGUGACAUGCUACAAUGAUCACGUGCGGUUGAAGACUGCAGUGGAACUUCUACAUGCUACCAAGGAUAUCGAGAUGCAAGUUGAGAAGGUUUCAUCUCCACUGCUAAUUCUUCAUGGAGCAGCAGAUAAGGUGACUGAUCCUCUAGUGAGCCAGUAUCUUUAUGAGAAGGCCUCUAGCGAGGAUAAAACCCUUAAACUCUACCCGGAAGGUUAUCAUAGCAUUCUUGAAGGAGAACCUGAUGACAGAAUUUUUUCAGUCCUUGAUGAUAUUAUCACUUGGCUUGAUUCCCGGUGUGCCCUGACAUAGAUGUUCUCGUUGAAUCUGUGGCAUCGCCAUUUCAUCUAUUGCUUUUCUUUUUAU